UGCAUGCCCUCUACGUUCGUCUGCAGAGAGUGCAAGGGUCCUCAUCUCAAUUUUUCGCCUGUCAUACCGGAAUACCACACAAAAUGAGUGCUUUUGAGCCUCCUGCUGUUGUCGUUAAUAUAUUUGCAGUCAUCGGUUUCAUUGCAGUUGCUUACAAAUCCUUGAGGGUUUUGUUAUCGAUAUUGAAGAAUGUCAAGACGUUUGUUUUGGCGAGACCGCUGGGCCUCGCUACAAAUCCCAAACGGCAUGGAAAGUGGGCGGUCGUGACAGGAGCUACUGAUGGUAUUGGCAAAGCUUAUGCCGAACAGCUUGCAGCUAAGGGUCUCAACAUCUUUCUGCUGAGCAGAUCUGCAGACAAACUCAAGGAUGUUGCAACUCAGAUCGAGCAAAAGUAUAAGGUGGAAACAAAGACAUUUGCCGUUGAUUUCACCGGUGCGGCAGAUAUGUAUCCUUCCAUCGGAGACCAGCUAACUGGACUAGACAUAGGAGUCUUGGUUAACAACGUUGGCAUGUCAUACAGCUUUCCUCAGUACUUUUGUGAACUAGCCGAUUCAGAGAAGUUUCUUCCCAACAUCAUUAAUAUCAACUGCCUUUCUGUUGUAAUGAUGACCAACCUUGUUCUUCCUGGUAUGGUGGAAAGGAAGAGGGGUAUUAUCAUCAAUGUCUCAUCUGCUUCUGGAAUGAAUCCAAGCCCAAUGCUAACAGUCUACUCUGCUACUAAGGCCUUUGUGGAUUUCUUUUCAAGAGGAAUAGAUGUAGAAUACCGCUCUAAGGGAAUACAAGUACAGUGCGUAAUGCCAUUCUACGUUACCACCAAACUGAGCAAGCUUAGACGCGAGACGAUGACCAUCCCGAGCCCAACAUCGUACGUGAACAGCGCCCUCGCUGCGUUGGGGUCAGGGAAUCGCACCAACGGCUGUCUAAUGCACAACCUUCAGGGAUGGGUCAUUGGGUCUGUUCCUGAGUGGGUGAUAGAUAGCGUUCAGAUGACUAUACAUAAUGCCAUUAGGAAGGUCAGCCUCAAGAAACUAGCAGAGAAGAAGACCAAAUGAUCACCAUCUUUUUUAUUUGGGGGGGGGGGAGUUUCAAGAAACUUGCGAUCGAUUGCAAGUUUACUUGUGGUCCCAAAAUAGAUCAUAUGUCUUGUAAUUGAUCGUAAAUUUCUGAUUGAUUUCUCAUCUGCUUCUUGCUUCAAGAAAUUAGCAGAGAAGAAGACUAUUAAAAGGAUCACCAUCUUAUGGGGGUUUCAAGAAACUUGUGAUCAAUUGCAAGUCUACUUUUGGUCCCUAAAUUAAUCAUAUGUGAUGUAAUUGAUUGUAAAUUUGUGAGUGAUUGUUGAGCUGCUUCAUGCAACAUGGAGUGUAAUCUGAUUGGAUGCAUUUUACAUUGAUCUAUCGAUUUUAAAAUGGCAAAAUAUUUGCAAUUGAUGCAAAUAUUUUCUUGCAACUCCCCCUUAGUCGAUAGAUCUACAACUGCUUUGUCUAUUUUUUGUUUGGUCUUGUCCCACUUGGUCUAAUCCUUGUUAGUCUUCGAUAAGACCAAAUGACAGUCUUCUUAAUCGGUACAUUACCAAUUGGUCUACAACUGUUCUUUGUACCUUUUGUUUGGUCUAAAAUAUCAACCAUUUAGCCCACUUACCAUUUUGUUCCCACUUGGUCCAGUCUUUAUUUGUCUAAAAUCAGUUUGUCUACCAACCAUUUGGUCCAAUUACCAUUCAGUUGUUUAUUCCAUUAUGUCUAAGUUCCAAUAAGACUUUAACAUUGACUAAUUUCCGUUUGGUCUCAUCUCAUAUGGCCCAGUCCUACUUCUACAAUCAGUUUGUCUACCAGCCACUUGGUCUAAUUACCAUUUAGCCCACUUUCUAUUUUGUCUGUUUCCAAUAUUUCCAAGUUAGGCAAUACCAAUUUUGUCUAAUUAUCCACUUGGUCCAUCACCACAUAAGAAUAGACAUUGUGGUAAUUAGACCAAUUGGGUAUUAGAUUAAAUGAGAAUAGACUAAGUAAGUAUUAGACCAAGUGUAGACCAGACAUUAAUUAGGCUAUGAGUAGACUAAAUGGGCUAAGACCAUGCGGUAUCAGACUAUCUGAGAUGUAGACCAACUGCAUUUAGACCAAGUCUAGUACUCUAUUAAGACCUAUUAAAAUUAAUGAAAUGAUUUGUGUGGGAAAUAAUCCAUAAACAAUCCAAUCAUUAUAAUUUGUUUUAUUUUUUUUUUUCUCAAUAAAUUUUAGGUUCUUAAAAGACACACAAAUAAAUUAUUUAAAAUUUGGCAAGGUAUAUUUGUAUUGAAGCGCACAAAGUACAGAAAUAAUGGUUUAGAAAAUGUUGAUUUGCACAAUUGAAAAAUGAAAUUUUCUCACUUGUGAUCACCAUGCAUACACCUCAGUAAGUGAUAAGGAUGUCAAUUAUUUUCCUCAUGUCCCUGAUAUUUAUUCUAUUUUUAUUGUAAAUUCAGGAUUAUACUUGUUGAUAUUGUCUGAUUACCUUGCAUAUUAUGUCAAAAUAACUUCAAAUUAUACAUACAUGUAACUUUGAUUGAUGGCAAAAUUUGACUUAUGCAUAGUGUGAAAAGAUAAAACAAGAGAUUACAGUUUAUGAUUUGUUAGGAAAUGUUGAGAUGGAGGCCUAUUUGGACCACUAGGGGUGUUGUUAUAAAUUCCACUUUUUUAGCAAAAUUGUUGUCCUCGACAACCCAAUAUGCUACAAAAACAAGGACUUAGAAUAGCCCACAAUAAAAUAAUGUGAGAUAAGGUGCAUUACAUUUCAGGUAAAUUUCAGGAGAGGAAUUCUGAAUACAUGUAUUUAAAUAGUAAUCAAAUACAGGGGGCCAUUUCAUAAAGCUGUUUGGACGUUAAGAGUGACUUUAAGAAUGACUGGUGAUCCUUUCUUGUGGUAAAUGAUAUUAACCAUUAAAUGUUCAUUGGUGAUUAUUUAGCGCCUAAGAAAGGGUCACCAGUCGUUCGUAAAGUCGCUAUUAACUUACAAACAGCUUUAUGAAACACCAACCUGGUAAUAUUGGUUUUGAACAGGGUGUAGCUAGAUAUGGGUCUGUUUUCAUUAAAUGGUUCGAGGUAUACUGAUUAAUGGAAAUGAAAUCAUUACAAAUAAUGUUGAAAUUUAUACAAGUGAACACUUCUGAGAAUAUUUCACUUUUGAAGAGAGGAGAUAGGAGGAGGAAGUGGAGGAUAAGCUGGAGAACAGGAAAGAAGAAAAGGAGGAGAAGGAAGAGAAAGAAUGAAGAUGGAGAAGGGGGCAAUGAUACGUAGAGAGUGGGUGAAGGGGAAGAAAAGCGGAAGUUUGAAUUUGUAUUUUUACUGAACAAUGAAGAAUUCAACAUUAAUCAGAUAAAAUGAAUAUCAUGCCUUUAGAUUUCUUUUUAAUUCUAAAAUAAUUGUUCUUGAAAUAUUUUUAAUGGAUGAGAUUAUGGAGAAUAUGAUUCUCUUUUCUUGAAAGCGACUACUCACAUUUUACUAAUGUUGUAUAUUGCCUAUGCAUCAUUUGUCUUUUGUAUAAUAUAGUGUCAACUCCAAGGCAGUGUUAUGAAGUGAUAUUUUGGGAGUCAUUUACAUGUAUAUCUUGAAUGAUGAGAUUUUUGUGAUUUGAGAAUAAAAUAAAAGAAAAUUGAAAA